CUGACAUCAACCUCUGUGCCAUCACGAAGGACCACAGACGAAAGGAUGAGAGCCAUUCCUCUUGUGGAGACAGCAACCCUUACAAGAAGGGUACUCAAGAAACCUUCGACCAUCUGGAGGCUGCAGGGACAAAGGGUUGGGAGCUCUUUGUCUUCUGAAGACACCAAGUCUUCGACCACUCGAAGGCUGCAGGAACGAAGGAGUGAGAGACCUUCGUCUUCUGAAGAGAACCCACCCCUAACCACCCGGAGGCUGCAGAGACGAGGGGGUGGAAGCCCUACGUCCUCUGAAGACAACUUGCCUCUUACCACCCAGAGGCUGCUCACACCAACGGUCGAGACGGAUUUGGUCAUGGAGUAUCUGCUGAGCUGGAGGGAGAGUAAACAAGAGGAGCAGGAGGAGAGGGAGAGGGAGGAGAGGAGUAAAAGGCUGGCAGCAGAGGCACGGGAGGACACGGCAGGAAUCCAGAGGGAGUAUGAAGAAAGAUGGGAAAGAGUCAGGAGGGAGAACAGAGACUUUCAGGCAAACUGGAACAAAGAGAAGGCUAAAGAGUACGGCGAGAAACUCAAAAAGGAGAAAAAAAGAAUGACAAAAGAGCGGAAAGAGAGACAGAAGUGGGAGAAGCAGGAGAGAAAAAGACUGAAGAAGGUGGAGAAAGAGAGGCUGAAGGUGGUGAAGAAGGAGAUAAAAAGAGAGAGAGAAGAAGACAGAGGAGGGAGCAGAUAG